GCUCAGUCCACCAGAUCCAGAACCAGUGCCAUGACCACCGUGUAUAGUACCUGGACCUCCUGAGCUUCACAACCAGCCACUUACGAACGUAGUACGACAGACGCACGCCAUGCGUCUAUAUGCUAUUGAUUUACAACGACCUUUUGGAAGUAGGCUACCUGUGUCUCUUCUUACUUGAAUCUCUUUCAUUGCCUUCAGUUUAGGUAGAAAAUAAAAUAUUCAUCCCUAACUAACAUGCGCUAAGCUACACGCAAAGAAACAUCAACAAUGUCCGGUCACCUCCAGCAACGGGGCCUCAAGCCUUUCGGCGCGGAGCUGCAAACGGUAUCAACCCUCCCGGCCUGGGCGCGCGGCCCGGCUUUCCCGUUGGUCCGGCGGAUCAAGAAGGAGGAUGACUUGCACUACGACCCUUUAUCCCCGACCCAGCGCAAGAAAUCCCACCACUACUUUGACUCCCAAUGCUACCUAUCCUGUGCAAAAGUAUCGCACUCGUAGUAAUUGCAGUUAUGCAUUACAAAUUUUUUCCCUAAAGUAAAUCCGCAUGACAAAUUUCAUUUCUCAUGCUGAGGGAAUUUGUAAUGCAUGUCUACGAGUGCGAUACUUUUGCAAUGCAUACUACCACGCAAGUGCGGAUCCAAGGGCGAUCACGCUGUUGCAAGAAACCCACCACUAUCAAAUGCAAAUGUGUCUGGGUCUGGAAGAUUGCGACGAUAUUUGUCAUGCUAGUCUGGCACGACUCUCCGCUCUGUAUUGUGUGGCCACCAAGAGGUCCUCUUGCCUGUCAUGCAAAAGCGAAGUUUCUCAUGCGAAAUACGCAUCACAGAAGCACGAAAAAACUUCGUCAUGCUCUGCGGCGCAUCACAGAGCACCUAUUGUUCACGAACUUGUUGCAUCACAAGUUCCCAGACCCAAACAUAUUUGCAUUUGAUAACCACUUGAUGGAUUUCCGGUCCCAGUGCGUGUGGUGCGGGAACGAGGACCGGUUUGUGUGCAACACAGCCGAGGGCUCCUCGUCGUCGUUGAAAAACGAUUUGAAAACCGAAUACCAAAAAUCGAAGAAGCACGCGGCUCUCCUCGAGGGCCCGAGAUUGUGUCCGACCUGUUUGCAGUUAGUCGCGCAGAAGGCGGAAGAUUGCCGCAACAGUGAGGAUUUGACGCGGUAUUUAACAUCCCAGCCGAACAUCUUCAAACCCACACUAUCUCUAAUUUUCCUCGCCGCGUUGACCGAUCGGGCGCUGUUCAGCCUGAGUAUCGACCACGACAAGUUGAAAAUGGAGAAACAGUCUGGCCAGUCCAUCCCGAGCUCCGAGUUUAAGCCAAUCAGGAGGAACCGGAAACGGGUAUCAACUGCGAAAGCGUCUGGGUCUGGAAGAUUGCAACUUGUCAUGCUGUUUUUGGACUCUAAAAAAAUUUGUAUUGCAUGACCAGCAGCAAGAGGGGCACAAUUUGUGCUACACGGACAGGGCGUUUCUCAUGCGGAAGGUGCAUCAGGAUCAGGAAGGGUUCUAAAAAUCUGUGAUGCUAGAGCAUACAUCACAGACAAUCAUGGGUCAUGAGAAAUAUGCAUGACAAAUCGUGCAUCCUACUAGACCCAGACAUUUUUGCAUUUGACAACGGGGGAGGGUUUAUAAUAUCGCGAAAAACGAAUACUCGAAGUGUACGGUGUUUGCGGCACGCGGACAUCCGGAUCUGCUGUAUUAUUUAUCGGAAGGGGAAGGAAGGUUGAUGUAGCGACACCAGUAAAAAAAAUCAUUGGAGAAUGAAAAUUCGAGAUUUUUACGCAGGUAGUUGAUUUUCGCAUAGGAAAUGCUUAGGAAACGGCAAAAAAUGCUUCAAAAAAGCAUUUUUUGCCCGAGUUGUUGUGUUUAGCAACCCCUAUUCUGGCUACCCGGGUGGCAGUUUUCCUUCCCAUGCAAGAGUCGGUCCUCUCCAAGAGUACAGUCGGCAAGGGGUACACUGCGUAAGCGGUGGGCUCCUGGUUGAUAAUGAUCUCCGCAUCGCCUCAGGCUGGCAACAGAGCAGGGAGAAGGAGGCGCUGCGCUCAGUGGAAGGACAGCCGGCUCGUUUUUUUGCGUUUUUUGGGAGAAAUAGGGCCUUUUGAUGGUGGCACUCAGCUGCAGACUGCAAUACGCGGGCACCGUGCCCGGUUAGCUCAGUCGGUAGAGCGCCAGGCUCUUAACCUGGUGGUCGUGGGUUCGAGCCCCACAUCGGGCGCUUUUUGGUGUUUCACGGCCGGUGGCGGCUUUGGAGCGGGAAAAACUGCGUUCCUGGGCAGUAUGGGGGAAUGCAUUGGCACAAGAAGAAUGUCAUGUGGGCGGUGUUCUAGCCACAGGGAGAGGCACUGCAAUACAAAAUUGCGGGCUUUUUCGCUGCAAGGCAGUUUUUCCCUUAGGGAAAUCGUCUAUUUUUUGGCUUAGGAUGAAGUAGUAUUGUUCGGGGGAAACGGUAUGAGAUGUGGGUUUUUCCUGCCGUCGGUACAGGAAAAACAAAAAUAACAUAUUUUUUACCAGAACGCAGAAAACACAGGCGUUUUUGCCUCUAAACGGAAAAAAUGGCAAAAAAAAAUGUUUUUUGCCCGAAUUGCAGUAUUUAGCGACCCCUAUUCUGGCUACCCUGUUUUCCAUUUUUCCUAGCGAUUGGAUCUCCUUCGGGAGUCAUCCGUUAAAAUUGGAACGAUACAGAGAAGAUUAGCAUGGCCCCUGCGCAAGGAUGACACGCACAAAUCGAGAAGUGUAAACAAUUUUUUUUAUUCUGCAUGAUAUGAUCGUUUUUGAAUUUUUCACAAAGUAUCAAAAUGCACGGUAUGCUGUGUUACUCAUUCAUGGUCAGUUUUCGAAUCACGGCGGUAUGGUAACUUUCUUGUAAAAGGACUUCGAAAACGCAUGGUAUGGUAGUUUCUAAAAAAAUUGUGUGUUAGUAGUCAGCCCGGUGUAGGAAUUUUUUGGAAGAAAAACACUUCCGGGACUUUUGCACGCAUUUUCCCAACCUCGAGGCACAGGUGCUGAUUUAUGCCCACUCGAAUAUUCUUUCUUGUGAAAUCUUUCUAUUUCCUUUUAUUCCCCAUCCAUAUCCCGACGACCUGCAGCGGACCUACACAACGUCCAUGCAAAACAACGAGUACAUCGAGCCCGAACCCGAGUGGUUACUUCGCACGGAGCGACAGGAGCAUUUGCAAGCGUCAAAGCUGUACCAGAUUGACAUCGAGUUUCCGCUCCAGGUUGGCGACUUCGUCGAAUACACACCGGUCGUAACAGCUUCUGCGAAUAAUUCCGCAAAAAUCGCACAAGCCGGAGCAGCAGCGAACAAUUCUACUUCCGAUCAGCCCCAACCCCCAAAUUCCCCGAGUAAGAAAAACCAGUUUGCCGUCAGCGCGGAAGACCAAGUUUUGCAAAACAGCUCGAUGGCGACCACUACCCAUUUUGCUGAACUCGUUUCCAUCGCGCACCCGCGAAAACUAUGCAUUGCAAAAAUGUCUGGGUCUGGAAGAAUGUAGGACUUGUCAUGCUUGUCUGGCAUGACUCUUAGAUCUGUGAUGCGUAAGCGGGAACGGGGCCUGUGGCCUGUCAUGCAAAAACGCAGUUUGCUAUGCGGAAAACGAAACACAUGGCAGUGCAAAAACUUGUCAUGCUUCGCUGCAUAUUGUAGUGCGCCCACCAUUCAGAGAUUUGCAUCACAAGCUUCCAGACCCAGAUCUAUUUGCAUUUGAUAAAAACACUUGGCGAUCAGACUCUGUCCGCUCAAGGGCUUUAUGGUAGAAUCCGAACGCGAGUGCAAGUACUUGAGGGUGACGAAAGAGGAACUGAAACCGGCGAAGUGCUUCGUCGGGAAAUUGAAUGACUGGAGCUUGUUCCGACCGAAAACUUUGAUCGGGUACAUGUUGGCCCAUUCUAUGAAUUUUUCGCUGCAUAUCACACAGAAAAAAACAGGGAGUUCACAUUUGUAAUGCAAAAAUAGAUACAUAGAAAAAUCUGUCAUGAACGGCCCCACAGAAUGCUGUUGUGCAAUACAUAUUUGUUUGUGUAUUUCUCAUUAUCUUUGCAUUACAAACGAAACAUAACCUGCCUGCUUUUUUCCAUGUGAUACUGCAUGUCACACCAAAGGAUCUAGUCUCUGUGGAAUUGGAUCAGUUAUACGAAACCCGGCUGCAACUGACCGACAAUUCUGGCUCUUUCGCUUCGAAAGGGAAGGCGGAGGCGAGGGCGCGGAGGAACUUCGAUUUGAAAAUCGCGACGAGCGUGCGAGAUUUGAAACAACGAAAUGCGGCUCCUGUUGGUCGUGUGCACGAAGGAGCGCAGCACGGUACUAGCAGCACGGCGAGCCCACAGUCAACAGCGACGGGAAGUGGUAGUGGUGGUCCUAGUGGUAUCCUGUGCAAAAACGUCACUAACCCAUAGUCAAGAUGGGGCUUUUGCAACACAAGUCCAGAAGUUUUGGGAGUCACGCAUGACAAGUUCCUCUCUGUAUUGUAGUGCAGUUUAUCAAGUGCAGCCGCAGUACAAAGCAGCGCGCGCAUCCUGUUUACAGCAUUACAAAUUCCAAAACACGACUGGAACUGCCUCUCAUGGGGAUGUGCAUUACAAACGGUCCUGCAAUUGCAAAUCUGCAUGACAACUAACUAUGGGGUGGCGACGUUUUUUCAUAGGAUAACUGGCUCUGCCUCCGCAACUUCUUCCACCUCUUCCAUUCCGUCUCCAUCUAUGAGUACAGUCCCAAGCCGCAGAGCCAACGCCCCGGGCGAGCAAAUAAAAUCGAAGUACGCGAUUCGGGGGAAGAUGGGCGUGCCGGGUCAAGGUCAACAGCAGCAGCACCAGCAAGGUCAAAACAAUAGUUCUUUCCUCUACCGUGACGCCACCACCUCCAUGCUUAAAACCGACCGACCGGAAGUAUCAAAGUGAAAAAUCCGCCCUCCCCAUAUUGAAGCGGAAACUUCUGUUGCUGGAUUUGUGUACACAAAUCAGCCCUGUCUUGCAGUGAGGCACUACAGGCAAAGCCUCAGCCUGCGUAGGGGUGUUUUGUUGUAGACGCUCAGCACAACAGAGGCCUGCCAUGUUCGUUAAACAGCAUUACAAACCGCCUCCAAAAGGCGGCGGAUUCUUUGGAUUUGCCGUCUUGCAAGUGAGACAGGAUUUGUGGUCACAAAUCAGCAUCACAAAUCUUUGCAAACAUACCUUUUCAAUAUGGGGAGGGGGGAUUUUUCCUUGCAAUAGGAAGCUUUGAACGAGGAACUAAAAACCUACGACGCCGACGCACCCGACGUCUUAGCGGGGUAGUAUCAAAAGAAAAAAGUUCGUCACGAUCACUCAUCUGCAUUUUUGCAACACAAAGCUGUCUGUCAUGCGUAAAAAUGCAUCACAGCCACACUUCAUAAGGGAUUUCCCUAGUGUUUCUGCAAUACAAGGAGAAGUUGUGAUGCUAAAAAAUUUGUAAUGCAAAACCUGCAAAUUAGUGAUUGUGACAAACUUUUUUCUCUCCAUAGGUACUACGGAAACAACAGUAAUUUCAAGGCCGAGGCUGCUGCGGCCCGGGCGAAAAGAAAAAUGACCGAGAAGGAAAAAAGAAGACAAGCGGAUAACGCGAAGCUCCCGCCGGGAGUAGAGCCGGAUAACUUGACGAGGGAACAGAAGAAGGGAACGAUUCGGGGCAUAUUCAAGCAAAGCGUCGCCCCGAGCGGAAAUCCGAUGAGCCGCGACACGGCGGAUCAGGACGAGAGAUAUCAGAGCAUGCGGAACGAAACGCUGGCUGGUAGCAGCCUCCACCGCGAUUUCUGCUGGACCCAAAUCCGGCCGAAACUGAACUGCGAAUUACCGGAGUCUAUGAACUGCAAAAGUGUCGUACUCGUAUAAAUGCAUUACAAAUUUUCUCAGCAUGAGAAAUAAAAUUUGUAAUGCGGAUUUACCUUAAGAAAAAAAGCAUGAUUGCAAUUACUACGAGCACGAUACUUUUGCACUGCAUAGAGUCCUUGCGUCAGUUGAUCAAGCUGCACAAAAUCGUGGAUGAGAAGUGCAUAUCCAGUGGAAAUGUGUCUCGGUUUGGAAGACUGCAGCUUGUCAUGCUAAGUCUCGAUCGCAAAAAAAUCUGUGCUGCAUGAACGCCAAAAGCUGCUCAGUUCUUGCUUGGAAAAAAGCGGAUCUCUCAUGCGGAAUAGGCAUGAGGAAGGUCAUCUCGCAAAAUCUGUGACGCUUCUGCGUGCAUUCCAGACCACUUUCGUGUUCGACGAAUUGCAUGACAAGUCUUCCACUGUUCCAGACCCAGACAUGUUUGCAAUGCAUAGUGCCGGGUGAAAAAGGAGGACGAGCUGGAUAUGGACUUCGCAAACUACCUCUACGCGGAUAGACGCGCCCGCCAGAAGGCGCAGCGCGAGAAGAGGGAAAUUGACGAGAUGAACGCGAUAUCCUGUGCAAAAGUAUCGUACUCGUAUAAAUGCAAUUCUUGCAUUACAAAUCUUGUUCCCAACGCCAAUCUGCAUAUACGAAUUUUAUUUCAUCUCAUGCUGAGGAACAGGAACUUUGUAUUGCAAUUUCCACUACUACGAUAGUACUUUUGCAAUGCAUACGGGAAUCUGUCAUCCUCCGGCCAUGGCGGGUUGCAGUUCGAGGGGGAUAAGGUGCGCUUCAACCCGAACUAUUUUGCGAGCGGAAUGGAUUUGGGGUACAGAACCGCAUCCUCCUCCUCCGGUCAGCAAAAUACGACGAGAGAGACAAAAGAAUACCAGUACAAGUACGUGAUUUUCCUCGACGUGGAUGGGGUGCUGAACACCUACCCGUUGCCGCCACUGUACACCAGUAGCGCGGUGCUGCUACCGGAUUACCGCGAGCAUCUCCAUUACGAAAAAGUGAAACUCCUCGGGCAGAUGAUUACCAAAGUGGAGGAAGCCGCGCUGGAACAGAAUAAGAAAAAGGUGGAAACAGCGAGCUCGCGGCAAAUGAACCGACAGAAGAAGUGGGUGAAAGAGAUUGAGAAUUACUUUGUAAAGCAAAAUGUAAAAACCGCAGUUAGGACUACGGGGAAUAAGCGAAGCAAAAAUGGUCGCGAAGACGAGGCGACAAGCCGAGGCAAGAUGCAGAAGAGGGCGGAAACGACGAGUCCAAACCGCCGAAGAAGGCAAAGCAGCGACGCGGAACUUUCAAACUUCAGCGAAGAUUCCGAAAGCAGUCUAUGCAUUGCAAAUAUGUCUGGGUCUGGAAGAGUGCAAUUUUGGCAUGCACGUUUUGCAUGAGCCGUGAUGUCUGUCAUGUCUGUCCUAGCAUGACAAAUUUUCUGAGGGCUUCUUGAUGCGUAUUCCGCAUGACAAAUGCCCUGUUCGCGUAGCAAAAAUUGGACUGCUUUUGCUGCCCAUGCAAUACAGAUUUUUUUUUGAAUUCAAAAGCAGCAUCACAAGUUCCCCCUGUCCAGACCCAGACAUAUUUGCAAUGCAUACAGUCCGUUGAAGCACAACGACCCUUUGAGCAACCAAGCGCGAAAAUUGUUACAAAAAGCGAAGCAGCAACUGAUCUUAAAAACCUGCGAAGAGUUUCUCCUUCAUCUCCGGAUCGACAGCGCACAAGAUCAGCAGAAAUUGCUCCAACUCCUCCUGUCCGACGAGAUCUUGACCGUAGAAGAAGCGGAAAGAGAAGAACAGGAUUUAGAACUGCUAAAAGAGUUCUCCACCGUCACUUCCUUAGAACAGAAAAGAGAACAGCUACUCGAGUCCGGUUUUGACGAAGAAUCACUUCCGAAAUUUCUGCAAAACUUGGACACGCUCCCGUUACAGGAGAGAACGGAGGAGAUUGUCGAAAUAGACGAGGAGAAACUCGAAGUGGAAGUCGAAAUUGUCCUCUCCACCGCCUGGCGCCACUCCCAACACCGCGUGCAGUGUCUGCGGGACUUCUUUUUUAUCCUGUGCAAAAGUAUCGUACUCGUACAAGUGCAUUACAAAUUUCCUCAGCAUGAGAAAUAAAAUUUAUGAUGCUGAUUUGCCUUGACAAAAAGAUCUGUAAUGCAUGACUGCAAUACGAGUACAAUGCUUUUGCACAGGAUAUUUUUCGAGACGAACCAAUUUGAACUGAACUGGAUCGGGUCGACGGACCGGUUGGAGGAUGAUUUGAAUCCCUAUCCACAGAAAAAGAACCCUUCCCAUCCAAUUUGUCAUGCAAAACAUGUAUAAAGCCCACUGUUUGUCAUGCAAAAAAUGGAUGGGGGUGGCUCUUUUUUUGUGGAUAACCCCGCCACUGCCCGUUGUUUCGAGAUCCGCGCCUUCGCGGAGUCCAGCUUUGUGGAGAACAAAACACGAUGGAUUUGUAUGGACGACCUGGAGUUGCACAUUGCGCAAAAGGAUUUGUUAUGCAUUGCAAAAGUAUCGUACUCGUAUAAAUGCAUUUGAAUCGGUUCGAGAGUGUACCCCGGUUCACGAACUAGUUCGUGAAGGUUCCGGGCAUACGAAAAAGAAGAGAACCAUACGUAGUGCACGUGCCAAACCCCGAAAAAAAGAGCGGGCAACGGCAGAAAAGAAUCCCGAUGAGCUACAGAGCAUAUCUUGCGGGCACCAUAUGUCGCAAAAAGUAUGUGCACGCAACAAGCCCCAAAAGGUCCUGUAUUUUGGCGCGCGCGCGCGCGAUUUUGGUUUGUGAGGCGCGAAGCGCUGCGCGACUAUUGUUUACGGUGGCACGGCUGCCGGCCGUAGGAUUUAGGGACGCUGCUUCUGAUAAAUGGGCGCACGAAGACCGAAGCUGUGGGCGCGGCGCUGGUUUCAAACAGAAAGCGGUCGAACACUAGGGCCGAUCGCAGUCAUGGCUACUGUUUUCUGUAGUGACAGACUUGGGGCCUUUGGCGCCCAUCACGGUGCGCGCAGCUGUGCUGCAGCACCAUCUAAAACGACUUCGCUGCGGCAUUGCAGGCACAGACCCGAACCGGGGGUCAGGUAAUACCUGGCCCCCCGGGUCGACUAAGUACCAUUGAGAUCAGGAGCGUGCCUUUGGGUCAGGAACGCCCCCCCUACUCCUUCCUCCACCUGCAUAUUUUUUUGGCGCCGAGCAUAUCAAAUGGCCUGUUUGUUCUAGGAUAUUUAGGCCCCGGGGCGGUAUUGAACUGGUAGGUACAUUGUUGAACCGCGGGCCCUGUUGAACUGAUACACAUUACAAAUUUCCUCAGCGUGAGAAAUGAAAUUUGUAAUGCAGAUUUGCCUUGGGAACAAUGUUUGUGAUGCAAGACUUGCAUUUAUACGAGUACGAUACUUUUGCACAGGAUAUUUGUUAAAUAACAGCGAGCAAUUGGGCGGCGAGAGUGGGAACGACUUGCUGUUGAUGCCGAUCGAGACAGAACGGAUGGUCUGCACGAAAAGUGGGGUUGGGUUGACGACGGAGAAAGCGGAAAAGGCGGUGAAAAUGUUGUUGGAACAGGACGCGUGGGUGCUGGCGGAGGAGUGAGGGGGGUGAGUGUGUUGGCUUCAUCAUGUUCUCGAAUCCUAAUUUCAACAGAAAUUGUGGUUCACUGCUUUCACACGCAAUCAGAGUCAAACACCCAACAUCGCUGAUUCCUCUUGAAAGGAGACGCAAGAAGUCUCGAGUAGCUGUCGGGCACUACGGAAGUGACUGAAACUGAUACGGAAAAGAAGUACCCGAACGUCGCAUCAAUGAAUGCCAGAACGACCAAGACACAACGCAAACCCGACGGCGAAAAAGAAGCUCAGUGUUCGGGGUCUUUUUAGAUAGUCUUGGGAGUGUGCUGCCAGGGAGAGCAAUUCGGUCCAGGCGUGGACGAAGAUGAAGCGCUUCCUCUGGUCUCGUAGCGCGACCUGGUGCAAGUAGCUGCCUGUGAUCAAGUACCUGCAGCGGGGAGAAUUACGGCCACCACGAGACUCGGAUGGAUUCGCGAGAUUCGUGGAUGUCGCGAGAUCUGCCAGGGCCCGCAAGUGGGGGCGAGCUCC